AUGACCACUCAAACUCAGGUUCCGACCUUCAAGCUCGUGCUUGUCGGUGAUGGUGGUACCGGAAAGACUACCUUCGUCAAGCGUCACUUGACUGGUGAGUUUGAAAAAAAAUAUAUCGCCACUCUUGGUGUCGAGGUCCACCCUCUUGGCUUUUUCACCAACUUCGGUGAACUCAAGUUCGAUGUUUGGGAUACCGCUGGUCAGGAGAAGUUUGGUGGGCUGAGAGAUGGGUACUACAUCAAUGGUCAAUGCGGUAUUAUCAUGUUCGACGUCACUUCUAGAAUUACCUACAAGAACGUUCCCAACUGGCAUCGUGAUCUCGUUCGCGUUUGCGAGAACAUUCCUAUCGUUCUUACGGGAAAUAAGGUCGACGUUAAGGAGCGCAAGGUUAAGACCAAGGCCAUUACUUUCCAUCGCAAGAAGAAUCUUCAAUACUACGAUAUCUCUGCCAAGUCGAACUACAACUUUGAAAAGCCUUUCUUGUGGUUGGCCAGGAAGCUCGUUGGAAACCCGACUCUUGACUUCGUUGCUUCCCCAGCUUUGGCUCCCCCUGAGGUCACUGUCGAUACCGAGGUGUUGGCAGCCUACCAGCGGGAGAUGGAGGAUGCUGCUCUGCACCCUCUUCCCGACGAAGAUGAUGCGGAUUUGUAAACGUGUCACCCAGAUAAAAAAAAAGUUCUCACUAGUUUACUCCAAAGACGAUGUGUUAGAUGGUGCUCAGAUGGAUAACCGUUUCUUUUUUCUUUGAUACUCGCUCAUGUUUCUCUUUUUUUCGUCGCAAAUCCCUUUGAUUUUUACGUUACUAUUGGGACCGCGCAUGUUGGAGCUCAUAGGGAUAAAUGGAGGGGAAUUCAAUUCACGAAACCUUUCUUCUUGCUGGUCCGGAUUGCCGGAGAAAAUCAUAAUCGAAAGUAAAAUGGACAAAAAAAAAACUUUUUUUUAGUUGGAGA